UUUAUAUUUGUCUUCAUUCAUUCAAUUUAUAAUUUCAUUCAUUCAACCAUCCUUUUUCUUUUGUCUAUGCUAAACUUUACAAAGCUGUGUUGUGUCUAGUGUUAUUUUUGUUAUUUUUAUCGUAUUUUCAUGUCCUAGCGAAUAGAAUUACAACUUUUAGUGAUAAAUACUUUAACUAGAUUAAUUGCUGAUCAAUUACUCAAAUAUUUAUAUUUGAUACUUUUUGAAUAGUGCAUAAUUUCUUCGAAACUUAUCUUGCCGUUAGGUGAUUCUGAAGGCAAUCAGCUGAAAAGUGCACAAAACAGGCACGAACAUUCGCUUAGAUUUACUCUAGGCCUUGAGGUGCAGCGCUCGCGUGGUGCUACAUUCAUGAUACAACCUUAUAUCUGACCCGUGUGCCAAAAAGAAAACUACAGACUGAGAAGACUGAAAAUUUGCUAGUAUGUGACAGUUACUGACACCAUCACAACAUGUCCAAAGUUCUAACGGCCCUCGGAGGGGCCCUGCCCGAUGAGAGACCUCUACUCUCUAUACAGAUAGUGGAAAGUGUGGCUAAAUGCCCGGCCGGGUACUUUCCGGUCAACAGGACCUAUGAUGAGGACUCUGAUGCUGGUCUGCUGAAGCAAAAUGGACUCUUUGGCAAAAAACCUAGUCACUACAUUUGCUUGUCAAAGUCAGAAGGGGUCCCCGGCUACGUAAUGGACGGUCUAGUAGUAGUGGGGGAGCGAGAGGCAGCACCGCCGGGGUACAGCGUCUGCGGGCGUGCGGGAAAGAGACGGAUAUGCACGCGCGUGUCCCGCCUCGCCGCCGCGCCCGCCGCGCCGCCCGUCACUGACGUCAUCGUGUGCUCCAAGAUGAGACAGGCGCCGCAGGGGUUUAUAUUGGCUGGUGAAAUAAAUGGCAAAGUGGUUUGCUACAAAGUGAGCGGCGGCAGCGCGGAGGUGUCACCCACGCACACACAGAACGACUAUGAGAAUGUUUGCAACAAUAUUACGCCCGAAGCUAAUAGAAGUUCAAUAUCUGCACUAUACAGAGAGUUCAAACAAUGUUGGCACAGAAAUGAUAGACUGCGCGCAGUACCAGACCGACCGCCGAAGCUGUCGCCUCUAAUCAACGACUUGAACAACCUGAACCUGAAGCAGUCAGCGCCAGCGUACCCCAACAUUGAUGAGUUCACGACGAGUCAUGACUACGAGGCUCUGAGUCCCUCGUAUAAUAUCAACAAGCCGUCGCGGCCGGCGCCACGCCCGCCGCCUGUUAUGUCGCCCGCGCUGUCGAGCCCCGGCCCAGUAUCUCCCACGCCGCCGGGCGGUCGCCGCAAGGGCCCGGCGCCGCUGCCGCGCCAGGCCUCCAACUACCUGACCCUGGGCGGGUACAACGCACUGGAGGGGGUGCCGUUUGUGCUCAAUCCGAAGCUUAUGGGGAUGCCGGCCGCUGAGUUGAUGCAGAUUCCAGUAAUAAAGCAGCGAACGAACUUCGAUCUGGAGAGAGAUUACUCGUACAACUUCGCAGUUGAGAGACAAACGUGAGGUGAACAGUUUACUAUCUUUGUGAUUCUGAAGGCAACGUCAAGUUAUUGUAGUUCGCAAAGUCUGAAGUAUGAAUUUUGCUCCUGUGAUAGCAUCAUUGGUAGGAAUUCGUGUGUACCAGUUAUGUGUUUUAUCAAUUUGGAAAUAGUGCUCAAUUUUUUGUAGCGAUUACUUUUUGCUUCGGAAUCCAAAGAAAUAUAAUGGACAAGAAAUAACAUAAGUGCAUGGUGCCAUGCGGAGAAAUACUGUUUUAUUUAUAAUGUUGUAUGUACAGAGGAUGCUGUUUAGUUCAAUUCUGACCUUAUGGUGCUUGUUGUAAGGACUAGAGUGGACUGUAGAUGCGUAAUUGAAUUAUUAUUACCAUAUUUUUGUUGUAUAAGUUUGUAGUAUUCUACCUAUAAUUAAUUAGAUUUUAAACUAUGACUUGCAGUUAAAAGUGAAUUGUUUUCAUUUUAAACUGUCCAUAUUGCCGCAAGUAUUCCUUAUGUGUCUCAAAUUAAAUUCUGAUCUUAAUCAUUGUGUAUAAUGUAAAGAACAAAUAGCAAUUUAUGACAUAUCGUUUAAUCUUGUAUGUAAAUGACUGAUUUGUGAUGUGUGUUGACACCAGCGGGGCUCUUUACGAGAAACUAGGUAUAUUGAAUCUCCAUUUAAACAGCCUUCUGUGGUUGUAGCAUGUGGCGGUUAACGCGCAAGAUAUGACAAGAUAAAAGUUUAAGGCGUACUCGUGUUGGUCCCAUGCUAUGUUGCAGACAUAGUCUCGGUAUUUGUCAGGCAGGUUGGAAAAUAUGGUAUGAAAUCUAAUAGCACUUUGUAUAUUCUGUCUUUUAUUUAUUAACUUUAAUUUGUGUCUGUUCUAUAUUGUAUUUUAUUAUUACGUCGACACCACAAACCAUAAUUAUGUAAUAUAAUGUAAAAAAUAAUUGUUUUAACUUAACCAUAUCCCGCUGGUUGUGUAGAAAAAUGUUAGUGAUCCUGAGGCCUUGUAAGUACUGUGUAGGUAUUGUAUGUGUAGUUUCACAAAUUCUUGUGAGAUUAUUGCACGAUUAGCUGAGUGACAUGCUAAUAUUUUGAUUGAAUUAUAUCACGAAUAAAUUGAAAACCUAAUGCCAUGA